GGUGCCGGUGAAAAUCAGUCCUCCAGACUUUCGACAUGUCAGGAUGUAAGAAGCCGCGAGCUGUAGCAAACCCGCUGGAGUCGACCAUUACAUCUCCGAGUGAAAGAAUUCUGAAAGAAUGCCACACUUUAUAUAUCGACAACGACAACGGAUUGGUGAAAAUUGCAGAGUGUUUGGGAGUGAGACUGUUACCGCCACAGAAAAAGAUUAUAGUUAUGAUUAUGGGAAACCAUUCUGCUGGAAAAAGCUCUUUUAUUAACUGGUAUGUGGAGGAGCACAUACAGAAGACAGGUGUUGCCAUUGAGACACAAGGCUUCACAUUUAUAACAAGUGGAAGAAAACGAGAGUCACUAACAGGAAAUGCAACAUUACACCUUUACCCGCAUUUCAGACCUCUGCUGGAGUUCAAAGUCGUUCUUCACUGGCUAGCUUUAUGUGGCUCCACCUUAAAGCUGCCAGUUGAAGAGCUGUUGUGGAAUUAUACUGACGAGGUUGGACGAGAAACGGACAGACAGCGAGUGAUGAUGCAGAUUGUCCAAGAGCUGUGCCGGAGACCUGGACUCAACAAAUGUGGCUUCGAAAUGCCCACGAUAUACAUCCCCAACCAUCAAAAUCCCAGCAGAUGCAUCAACCAGAUUGAUGAGGUUUGUGAGACCAUUGAGAAGAGCAUAAACCAGGCAGUGCAAAAAACACUUGACCAGCUGGAGAAAGACUGUAACCUGAUCAUCUCUACCAUCAACCAUACACUGGAACAGGACCGGAUGAAUGUGAGCAGUAAUAAAAGCAAUCGUUUUAAUUCUUUCCUGUGUGGAGUUGUGGGAAUCUUCCUUCCAUCGCUCUUCAUCCUCAGCUUCAUCAUCAGCACCUUCGCUCCAGAGGAACUGGACUCUCUUGUUGGAGAGGGAUUGGCUAAAACGCUCUACUUUUCCACAGGAAUAGUUGUGUAUCUGUGGGACUGGAUUCCUGAAGAUUGGCAGAUAAUGUUUGUGAUCAUCUUUGGUGCUCUGUGCUAUUUUAUGUUCCUCUUGGCCAAGUAUUUUGCAAGUCAGGGCAGUAAGACGCUGACAAAAAGAGAGAAGAAACAACUGGCAGAGUACAGUGACUACAUCCAGGAUAUCGUCAAAUCCAAGAAGCGGAAGCUGUAUGAGGAGUAUCUUCGCCAGUGUGCUGCAGAGUAUGAUUUCUGAAGGAAGCCUGCAUGAAACCCGUCGGUCACAUCAGAGUCGUCGGAAUAAUUCAUAUAAAGCACAUCCCACAGCAAAAUCCCCCGAGUUAAAUCAACUCUGCUCAGAGUACAUAUUGUCCCAAUCUACAGAGUGUUAAAGUAACACUGAAGCCGAGUUAAAGUUAAUGGGACAAUAAAGCGAUUAAUUAAGUAAUGAUUGAGCAUUAGUAAAGAAAACCCA